UAGACAUCUCUCUCCCCCCCUCCCCCUUUCUCACUCACUCUGUAAUACAGCAGCAGCUUCAGCUCACUCACUGUGCAGUAGCGCGCGAGGAAGGUCCGCUGUUUUCGUACUCAAACACACUCAACUCAUCUGAGAAACACCAACACUGAUCAGGUACCGGCAGAGUUUUGCUGAAAUGGAGGGAAAUCACAGUGCCAUCACUCAGCCGCCUGAGUCCGCUGAACAGACAGGUGGACACGUUUACGAGGUUGCGGUUCAGAAAAGCUCCACCAACCUCAGUUCCCAGUUUGCAGAUGUGGCUCUGCUGCAGUCGUUCAAGUCUCUCAUUAUUCCCUGCUAUGUGCUUGUCGUGGUGGUGGGCGUCUUCGGGAAUUAUCUGCUCCUGUAUGUCAUCUGCCGAACCCGCAAGAUGCACAAUGUCACCAACUUUUUCAUCGGGAACCUGGCCUUCUCUGACAUGCUCAUGUGUGUGACCUGCGUCCCUUUCACUCUCGCCUACGCCUUUAACCCCCACGGUUGGGUGUUUGGCGGCCCGAUGUGCUACCUGGUGUUCCUCAUCCAGCCGGUCACAGUCUAUGUUUCAGUCUUCACGCUCACUGCUAUUGCUGUGGACAGAUAUUACGCAACAGUUCAUCCCCUGAAGAAGCGUACCUCUGUGGCUACCUGUGCCUCGGUCCUCACUGGCAUCUGGCUGCUGUCUUGCGGGCUAGUGACUCCAGCCAUCACACACACAUACCAUGUAGAGUUUAAAGAGGAAGGCUUCACCAUCUGUGAGGAAUUCUGGUUGGACAAAGAGAAAGAAAGACGUGCUUAUGCAUACAGCACCCUGCUGGUCACGUACGUCCUGCCGCUGUCAGCUGUCUUUGUGUCUUAUCUCUGUAUCACUGUCAAACUGAAGAAAUGUGUUGCACCAGGCCACAGGACACAAAACCAGACAGGAGCUCAACAGGCUCGAAAGAGAAAGAUCUUCCGCCUGGUUGCCCUCCUGGUGACGGCCUUCGCAGUGUGUUGGCUCCCAAUUCAUGUUUUCAAUGUGCUGCGAGACAUAGACAUCCACCUCAUUAACAAGCGUUACUUUUUACUCAUCCAACUGCUGUGCCACUUGUGUGCCAUGAGCUCAUCCUGUUGUAACCCCUUCCUCUAUGCAUGGCUACACGACCGCUUCCGCACCGAGCUACGAAAGAUGUUCAAAUGCCAUCGUCGCAUUGGAGUGCCGGCGAAUAACUGUGCACCAAGUGUGGUCUUGUAAUUACCUGCUGAAGAGAAUCCUUUGCUAUUAUAUCAGUGUAAGUAGGUUGCUCAUCUGGAGUGCAAGUGGAGUCUUUGGUAGGUCAAACUAAAGCAACUGGUAAAAUCGACGGAAGCUUUAAAUUCAGACAUUAUUCAUGUUGAGUAUAAAGACGGUCUUUUGGCCAGGGGUGGCUCUUGAAAAAAGGUCAAUCUGUUGGGAAACAUAAAGGGGUUCAGUCAUUUUGAAGGUUAUCUCCCCAUUAUAGUUUGAGAUAUUAGGAGAACAGGCGGGAUUAACCUGGCUAAAUGAACAGUACAGAAAAGGUCUUACUCUGAAAAGCUAUAAAUACCAUUAAAAAUUGUUAGAGAAACCUGCACUUUUUUGUACAUAUGCUGCACAUUAGAGAUGUGAUAAAUAUGUGAAAAAGCUAGAUGGGAGUUAUGCAUGAUGAACUCAAGUGUAGUUUUAUUGGAUAUAAAUAGAAAAUGAACCUGCCAGGUAAGAUUGUGUUUAGAUAUGUUCUGUGCAGAUGUGAUUCUUCCACCAGGGCACAGAAUUAAUCCUGGUGUGCCUGUGUAAUACAUUACAUUCAUUAACCUGCACCCCUGGGCUUUAAUUUUCUUUAAGCCUGUGGUUGAUGAAUAUGCUCCACGACAUUAUAAUUGAGCUAAUUAUUUCAGAAAGCAUUGUAAAAUGGCUGUAUCAAAUCUGUGUUGGUUGAGUCUAUGUUACCUGCCUCCUUUCUAUUGCUUCUUGAGAUUGUAUCUAAUAUGUGCAAGACUGAUUUCCAUUUCCACUAUCUUCAUUCCACUUCCAUUAUUUAGUUUAUGUGACAUCUGUCAUGCCUCGUCUUCUGUAUUCUGUUUCGAUAUCUGUCUCUACCUGCAGACACAUGGGACAGAUUUAUCUUUGCAACAGUGGUAACUCAACAAAUACGUUUUUAAGUGCUACCGUCACUCAAAUAAUCAAGUCUCAUCUACAGUGCUACGGAUGUAAAACACAUGUGCCUUCAUGUUUGCUCAAUUCCCAUCAACAUUUGCUUUAUGAAGUUAUUUAAGUGUUGAGUGCACACUGAACAGGAUGUACUGUAUACCACAUAAUGCUGUAAAUUGUGUAAAUGAUUUGUGUGACAUGCUAAAAAGACAUGUCAUCCUGUACUAACAAUACAGUGGAAUAAAGAGA